CUGGCUCUUGUGCCAUUGCUGUUGGCCCCGCUGCCAUGAUCUUACUUGGUCAUGUGGAUUUUCCUCUGAAUGAACCAGCUGUUACUGGAUUUGUGAAGCACAACCAUACUUGUUAACUGACAAGAGCAAAUGCAAUACAAAAUAAUAAAAAAGCAAGUAAAUUGCCAACAGGCUGUAGGGAGAAGCUGGCUCUGGUGGUCUUGAACAAGGAAGGUCCCUUGGGGAUGUGUUGCAUGUCACCACUGAAGAAGAGUGAACAGAGAUGAGGUGGACAGGAGUGUCAGUGAUGUCCUGGAGUGCUCCUUAAGGAGAGCGGAAAGAAGGAUAUUUUUCUCUGGAUUGUGGGACCCCACCUGGCUGAACUCUGGGACUGGAGUAAAGAACCAGCAGGAGAACAGACUUGGCUGCACCUCCCAGGCUCAGUGUCUGGCCUAUACCCUGUGUCUCCCCUUUCCUUCUAUUCAUGUGCCUUUCCUAUACCUUCACUGUCGAACUGGACUGGCAGCCACACAGCCUGUUUCAAGUGCCUUGAAACGUGUUCAAUGGAUGUGGCACAGUUCUUGGCAGAGUGACACUACUCCCCAGGAAUUUGUUUGUUCCCUCAGUGUGGAAAAUGGCAGGCAAUGGAUGAUGACGUAACACCUAAUAACCCAAGACGCUAUUUAUUACUGGGUAAAGGAAUGCUGCUGUUACGUUUGCAUGCACACUCCCAAACUGAUUCUUCAAAGUAAGGACCAGACCUGGCCCCUCCACAUCAGAGAUCCCAAAGGGAGAAGACAAGCCGAACUCCAGGAACCACAGCGCGUGCAGAUCCCUGGCUCAGGUCCUGCCUUUCAUCCCAGGCCCUUGCUGAGUCAUUUCAUUGUGUUAAAAAUGUCAUUUUUGAAGGACUUAGGUGUGAAAACGGAGUCUGAAGACCUGAGAAGAGAUGAGCCCCAGUGCUGCUCAGAAGACUUCACCAGAAGCCUCUUGGAGCCAAACAUGAACCUCCCCCCAAUGAGUUCUCCCUAUUCACUGAAUCAACCUCAUACUGGGGAGGUAUCCGACUCAAAUCAGCAGGUGUGGGUCCUUCAGGGUCAGACCAUUGUGACAGUUCCACGGAGUAACAGUGUGACCCCAGUCACUGUCACUGUUGUCCCAUGCAAGUACCCAGAAUCGCUCGAGCAAGGCAGAGGGGUUCCCAUUUACUUGGGAAUAGAGAAUCCAGAAAUGUGUUUGUCUUGUGAGGACAUUGAAGGGCAGCCCACAUUGCAACUGAAGGAGGAGAAGAUCUUGCAUCUGUACAAUGAAGUGGAGCCCGUGGAUCCCUUCCUCUUCUACCGCUUAGAGAUUCACAGUACCUCCACCUUUGAGUCUGUGGCCUUCCCUGGCUGGUUCAUUGCCUCCUCUGACAGAGGCCACCCCAUCUUCCUCACUUCACACCAGGGGGAAAAUAAUGUUAACUUCAAUUUAAGUAUCAAUGCUUGAACUCAGGCUGGAGGGGAUAUCCUGGUCAGAGGUCUUUGUGUUAAAUUUUGUAGUUACCAGCAUGCUUUCCUCUAUACUAUCUCAGUGUCAUUUCACAUCAAUGCUCAGAGGUGGGCAGGACCCUGUUAUCACCGUACUUUAUGAAUGACUUCACGGCAACUGAGGCAUAGAAUGUGGGCUCAAACAUAGAAGGGAGGGGUGAUGAAAGGUUCUCCUUUCAGGCUGAAGCUGUUCAUCCCACACCCAUCCCACAGUGUGAGUAUGAGGAUGUUGGGACCCAAAGACAUUAGGGCAUUCCCUGGGGGUGGAUAUGGAGA